UAACACACAAUGAUUAGAGCAAAAGAGAACAUAGAAAUUAUUCAGCUUUAAUGGAUGCAGUUCCUCACAAGACGACCUUCUUCAAGUGCACGAGAUGGCUCAUGGAAGAAAACCAAGACAUCCCAAAUUGCCGAUAUCACUAUUUCUGCGAUUCUACUUACUCUGGAAAUUAUCCUCCCUUUGUAGAUUUAUCAGUUCUCAUCUUCACAAUAGCCUCAUAUCUCUGUAUCACACUUUUCUCUUUUCUAAGAUUCAGAAAACACGAUAUUAACAUAGUAAACUCGAAGAAAAGGUAUCUAUUGCCCUCAGGCCCUAUAUCACUUCCUGUGAUCCUACUAAUCCUUGCCAAGGGAUCAAGAAUCAACACUUUGUUCCCUCUCUCCGCAAUUGGUCCUGCUCUCCUCAGUCUUGUACAUAUCUCUGCUCUCGCCUUCGAGUACCAAUCUGCUGACAGGAGUUUUAAGUAUGCAGUUAUUGAGGCUUCAACAGUUUCAGGAGUGAGGUUUUGGUUGUAGGAGGCGGAUUGGUUGCUUAUAAAGGGUGGUCUAAGACAAUGAUGACAGUUAUUGGUUGUUUGUGUUUC